UACACCUCAGAGAAGAAGACACUGCCGCGGUUCCGUGUUCGAAACUCGAGACAGGCGAGAACUGUAGUUAGUUUCUGACAGCUUUAAGUUUAGAGAAAGAAGAACAAUCCCUUUCUCUAUACAAAGCUUAGAAUGACAGAUAGGAAACCGUGUAGGGUGUGCAAUUUCACACGGCAGAAAUCAUACGGUUUGGUAGUUCCCUCCUUAGAUGAGCUGAAAACUAAAGGAAGUGAGUCUCUUGGGUUCAGCUCUGCUGAGUCGGUCUCAGUCGUCCUAGAGGAUGAUGGGACGAUAGUAGAGGAUCAAGCCUACUUUCUGUGUUUACCUUUGAACACAAAAUUCAUGCUGUUGCAUAAAAAAGAGUCAUGGUCUCCAGUUCGCAGAAUGGAUGGUGGCACGGCCUGGAUGGCCAGAGAUUCUAUGGUUCUUGAUGCCGAUACUGUUGACGCCUCCAGUGCUGCAGCACCCUGGUGGAGCCUGGCUCAGCAGCUGAAGCAGGACCUUGCCAGCAUCAUCCUCAUGUCUGAGACAGAGUUACAGACCUUAGUGGAUGCCCCAUGCCCCGAUCUAGCCUUUGCUCUGGGCUUCCAGGAGAAGAAGGCCGAGGACCUUCAGCAGACACUGCAGGGGGUUUUGGACCGACGAGAGGAGGAGAGGCAGUCCAAAGAGUUGCUCCAGCUCUACCUUAAAGCUGCAGAGAAAGAGGAAGGACAACAGAAAGAGUCAAGCCAGGCCAGCCAGGAAGGGGCUGCAGAAGUGGAGGUGGAUGGGAUGGAGGUGGACUCUGCAUCCGGAUUUAUAUCCAGGACACUGAUGGUCCUGAAAGGCAAAACAAGCCCAGAGACCAGACUCUCCACUGAAGAUCUGCAGAUGGUAGUUACCAGAGGGGUAGAAGCAAUGGAGCAGGUGCUGGGUUGGGACAGAACGAGGACGUCUGCGCUGCUGCAGGCCUGUGAAGCAGAGCUGACCGGACGUCUCCAGCAGGUUCAGGCCGUGCAGUCUAUCAGGAGCAACGCACAGCUGGACAGCAGUGUGCAUAGCGCAGAGGAAGCUGCAAAAACGCCAGCCCAAGGCAGCAACUAGGCCGAGGCUUUACUUGAGAAGAGACUGAUAAGUAUUCACACCACCUGCCUCAGGGUCAGAAGAAUGGGAUAUAACCUAUACUCAUAAUAUCCAUAAUGCUGGAAUCCAUGAAUGUUAAUGAUUGCUUUACUUAGUGAGAACUUGCCAAUCACUUGAAUUAUUUUGCCUCAAGCUGAAGCAUUUUGCACAAGUCAUGUUCAUCAAAGAGAUGCUGGCGCUAACCACUGGCUUCAGCCGUUUAUUUACUCCCCAUUGUGAUUAGUGUCAUGCUGUGAAAUGAAUCACCGGUCAACAUAUCCAUCACAAGUUAAAGCUAGUUUAGCUUGACAUUAAGACUCGAAACAGGGAUAUAGCUUGCCUCGCUCCAUCCAAAGGUAAGAAAUUACAGCUACAAGCCCCUGGUAAGCUCACUUUUAAAAUAUGUGUUCUUCCUGUAGUCCCUGCUGGAUGCCUGGCAAUAUCACUGCGGUGACAAAUCUCCAGGAAUCAACUGCGGGUGAACGGCAAGAAAUAGCCCUGCAAAUAACUCCACAUAGUCUGAUUGUUGUUUGAUUUAACAAUUGAAAUAUCACGUGCUAAGUAUGAGCUUUAAGGGGUGCUUAAACAUUAGGCAGAUUUUGUUCAAUUCAGAGCCAGGCUAUCUCUUUGCCCCUGUCCUGAGUCCUUAUGAUAAACUUUGCUUAUGCCAGACACUUUUUUUUAGGGGAUAGGCAUGAGAGUCGUAUCAAACUUCUCGUAUAAGUCUUGUUGAUAGUAUUUUUCCCAAAAUGUUUAAUCAAUCCUCUAAGGUUAUUCCAAAGAAUCAGCGUUCCAGUAUCAUUGUUUACAUUCAGCUCUCUCUUAAAAACUGAUACUGCAACUGGAAAGUCUACAACAUAUUUUAUUUUAAAUGGAUAAAUAUGUGUCAGAAAUGUACUUGCUUUAGUUAGAGAAACCCUGUGGAACUCCAAUAUAUGGUGAAUAAAAGUUUUAUUUAUGUCAGUUGAAAGAAUUAAUGUUCUAUCAUUACAUUUUCAUUUUAAUCUUUAUUGGAUCUUUUUGGAAAUUCAGACAGUGGGUUCUUAUUUACAGGCAGACCCUCCAUUUUAAAUGCACCUCCAGGAAAAUCUUAGAAUAGAACAAUUUCUAAAUUGUUGUGAAGAUAUUUAGAUAACAGGUUUCUCUUUUCAUUUUGCUAACAUCAACAGUUUUAUGAAUAAGCACCUAAAUGUGGUAUUUCCUUUUCCAAUUUUUACCACAUCCUUCUUCAUGGGCACCUUGGUUUAAAUUGUCAUCAUAAACGCAUAUUUGACCACACUCCCCAUGAAUGGCACAUACUACAUUACAUUGCAGACAGACUUUGUUGGCAGAAAACCAGAUAUAGUUAGAUAAAAGCUUAAAUUGAAUGGGGUACGCAGACUAACUCCUCAAUAUAACGUGAAAAAGUAGGACAAGAUGUAAGAUGAUAUUACUUCAUACAUGAAAGCUUCACUGAACACAUUAUGGGUACAAUGGCUUCAUCUUUGGGCUCAUUUAAGACCUACUGUUAUAUACUACUGGCUGUGUGGUGUAAGAUGGUGUGUGCAGGUCUUUGUGACUCAUAGGCCAUGUAGAAGAUAGCCUUUGUUAUGCAUGUCAUUUCAUCAAAGCUCUCUUUAACAAUGAAUACAGAUGAUGGCGGAAGGAUCAUCUUUUUGUACUUUAGCAUAAAAUAAAGAGGAAAGUAGUGCAUUCUCAUCAAGAUCUGUCAUUAACUCCAAAAGUAAGCCGUCACUUUGUUUUACAACACUUAUACAACAUUUAUACUUUGUAUUUAUUUCAAACAUGCAAUUAGAAUGGAAUUUGCAUGAGUGUACAUUAUGUGAUUUAAGGUGCCUUUUAUAAACAUGUUGAAUGGUGGUAGGAGGGAUUUAAAUAAAACAGCCCUGAAUUUGA